AUGAAUAUAGAGGAAAUCUUGCCAGAACUAUUUGGCGAAAAACGUGUAUACUAUUGUCAGAGAUGUCUCAACCAUGGCCUUCGAGAGAAGCGGAAGAAUCAUAAGGCGUCUUGUUCGUUUCGCUUCUGUCAGUGCUCAAAUUGUAUUAUGGUUGAACGUCGUCGUCAGCUCAACUCGCGUCUUAUGCAAAUCGAAGGCAGUCAGGAGGACCACAAGAAGUCGUCAACAAAUCCAACAACCCUCGCAAUGGCGUUGGCAUCUUCAGAAGAGGAUCAAAUGGAGUGUACCAGUCAGUCGGAGACCACUAAUGAGAGUAGUGGAGAGGAUAAGGAUGACGGGAAGCCGAAAGAACGUCGACCAAACUGCCAGCGAUGUGCUCAACACAGUGUGGUAAACCGUCUAAAGGGCCACAAGCGAGCAUGUCCAUAUCGGGACUGCUAUUGCCCGAAGUGUCAAGUGGUCGUCGAGCGUCAGAAGUUGAUGGCCGAUCAAAUAAAAUUGAGAAGACGUCAGAAACGCGAGAAGAACAAUUUGAACAGCGAGCGCGAGGCACCCCCGUCUCACAGUAUGACUCCAUCGCCAACAGCCACGACCCCACCUGUGGCUUCCGACCCUUCCACUCCUAUGUGUAUCAAAUGCGCCCAACAAGUCAUCGGAUAUCAGCAAAUUUUAUCAUUUUUGGAUCCAUCAGCUACUAUCCAGGAUCCUAUGCUAACCUUGUCAGCUGUUCUUUCAGCUUGUCCUCAUAAAAAUGAGUAG